AUGAUGGGCACUCGAGCGAGCGCUGACAGGAUGAGCACCCUUCCACUCUCUCGCUCUGAAGUGUUUGGGCAGCUGAGGAAAGAACUACAUGAUGAUGAGGAAUUUCACCAGUCCGACGCACAUAUCUUCAUCAUCAUGGGUGCCUCUGGGGAUUUGGCCAAAAAGAAAAUCUACCCAACGUUAUGGUGGUUGUUCCGAGAUGGUCUUCUCCCCGAAGAGACCUAUUUCGUCGGCUUUGCUCGUUCUGACCUGACUGUGGAUUCCAUUCGCUUGGCCUGCAUGCCUUACAUGAAGGUGGUUGACUCUGAAACAGAGCAUCUCUCUGCGUUCUUCAGUCGGAACUCAUACAUCAGUGGGAAGUAUGUGGACGAAUCCUCUUUCGCUAACCUGAAUGCCCACCUGCAGUCCCUGCCGGGCGGAGCUGAAACCAACCGCCUCUUCUACCUGGCCCUGCCACCUAGCGUCUACCAUGAUGUGACCAAGAACAUCAAACAUCACUGCAUGAGCACAAAAGGCUGGAACAGGAUAAUCGUGGAGAAGCCAUUUGGACAUGACCUGCAGAGUUCAGAGGAGUUAUCCAAUCACCUCUCUGCUCUCUUCACUGAAGACCAGAUUUACCGCAUAGAUCAUUACCUAGGCAAAGAGAUGGUCCAAAACCUUAUGGUUCUCAGGUUUGGAAACCGAAUAUUUGGGCCCAUAUGGAACCGGGACAGUGUGGCCUGUGUGGUUCUGACCUUCAAAGAGCCGUUUGGUACCCAGGGCCGGGGUGGAUAUUUUGAUGACUUUGGGAUCAUUCGUGAUGUGAUGCAAAACCACCUGCUGCAGAUGCUGUCUCUGGUUGCCAUGGAGAAGCCUGCUUCCACCAGCUCUGAUGAUGUUAGAGAUGAGAAGGUGAAGGUGUUGAAGUGCAUUGAGCCGGUCUCUCUCUCAGAUGUGGUGUUGGGUCAGUAUAUGGGAGAUCCAGAAGGAGAGGAUGAUGCUAAACUGGGUUACCUAGAUGACUCAACUGUCCCUAAAGGCUCCACUCAGGCCACGUUUGCCACAGCGGUGCUUUAUGUAAAGAAUGAACGCUGGGAUGGCGUUCCCUUCAUCCUCCGGUGUGGGAAGGCUCUGAAUGAGAGGAAGGCGGAGGUGCGGUUGCAGUUCACUGAUGUUCCUGGAGACAUUUUUAACACUCAAUGCAGACGGAACGAGCUGGUGGUGCGUGUGCAGCCUAAUGAGGCCAUCUAUGCCAAGAUGAUGAGCAAAAAGCCUGGGGUCUAUUUCAGCCCUGAAGAGACAGAGCUGGAUCUAACCUACCACAGCAGAUACAGGGAUGUUAAGCUGCCGGAUGCCUAUGAACGCCUGAUUUUGGACGUUUUUUGUGGCAGUCAGAUGCAUUUUGUACGCAGCGAUGAGUUGAGGGAAGCCUGGAGAAUCUUCACUCCUCUUCUUCAUCAGAUAGAGAAGGAGAAGACACCUCCAAUCCAAUACAAAUAUGGAAGCCGUGGUCCUCUAGAGGCAGAUGAGUUGGUGCAGAGGGUAGGUUUCCGGUAUGAGGGAACAUACAAAUGGGUGAACCCACACAAACUGUGAAAGAUAAGAUGAAGCCUGUAAACAAACAAAAAAAACAACAACCUCUGAUCAGUUUGAGUGCCUGAAAUAAGAGGGAGAAUAACAAGGCUAACACACUUAAAAAUGUAUUUGAAGAUGCACUCUUGUGUGUGCACUGCUUUUAAAACUGGACCAAGAAUCUAAAUAAGCAAACACAACUAGUUUAUUAUUUUUACAUUAUGCUUUAAGAUGCACAUUAGAGUUAUAACCAGCUCAUUGUGAUGCAUAAUUCUUUAUAGGAUAUUAUCUGAUUUAUUCACUGUAGAUGUCAUUAAGCUGAACAACAUUCAUAUUUUGUGAUCAUUGAGCUAAACAACAUUCUGAUGUAAAGAGACUUUAUUCGGUGCUGUCAUUCCCGGUGUUUAAUUUGUAUUCUUACAUCCUUAAGAACAACGCUUUGGUGGUGCAUUCCAAUUUCCACAAGUCUUAAACUGUGUGUGCUGAUCUUUUAUCAUUUCCAAUGUAAACAAGUUUAUAAUGAAUAUGUCAUUAUUAUUACAACACUUUAAAGGUUAAAUAUGGCAGCAUGAACCAUUGAUUCCAUUGUUGCAGAUAAAAAACAUUUAUUAGAUCAAUGAAAUACUAUGUCUUAAUUUGUCCAUUGUUAGGCCGAAUGAACAUUUAUUAAAGCAGAUACAUGCAUUACAUGCUACAUCCCUCAGUACAUUCUUUUAACAUUGAACAUCUAAACCCAUCUAUUAUACUGUUAAAGAUUAUAAUGUUAAACAUAGAUCAAAAAGUCAGCCUAACUCGGACCUGGUUUCUUUCUGCUUAUUGGUUUUGACAAGUGCUUUUUUCUCUUUUUUUUUUUUUUUUUUGGUCUUUAGUUUACCUGUGUAAUGAGGAUAUGUUUGAUCAGUGUCUCUAAAUGAAGGUUCUGGCAUCACUUAAUUUAACAUUCUGUCAGGGUGCCUUAAAGUGAUGUAUUUAUCAGCAGAUGGGGAAACUGCUGGUUUGGCUGUUGAAAUUGUAUUGUAUUUUUUUUAGCUUUGGUUUCUGGUUAUUGAAAUUAUUAUUAUUUAUGCAUCUUUGAGUUAUUUAAUUUUUUCUGAAAAAGUUAUGCCCAGUGUUUUCUAUUUUAUUGUAUUAAAUAACAUUUGCUUUAUAGUAAAAGUGGUUAAGAUGCCUCAAAUGUGUGUCAUUGCUUGUAGCUGUCUGGUCCUUUCAGUUGUUUCACUUGUUUUCUCCUCUUAUAUUUGACCUCUUUUGAUAAAGCCAUUAUUGAAAUAAUGUAUUAAUUGUAUGUAUAUUUAGUUGUUAGAAGUUGGUGUUAAGGAGCGUUGUGAGUGACCAGGCUGUAAAAUAAAUAAAUAAAAUGGCAAAUAACUCAAAUGAAUGAUGCAUACCAUGCCCUUUAUGUCAUUUAAAAUCGAUUUUAAUCUAUUUUUAUAAUAAGUUUUGUGUGUGCGUGCACAGUAUCUCACAA